CGCGGGCGGGGUGGAGCGGCACGGCGCGGCGGGGCGCGGAGAGGAGAGGCGACAUGGGGGUGGGGGGGCCGUGGGUGCUGCGGGUCGGGCUGGGGCUGGGAGCGCUGGCCUUGCUGCUGCAGGGGCUGCGGGGCUGGUUAGCCUGCAAGCGGUACGAGUUCCAGCCCGCCGAGAUCGCCGAGCUCGCCCGACACCACGCGGGGCUGGAUCACGAGCUGGCUUUCUCCAAGAUCAUUGUGGAACUGCGGAAGAAGCACCCGGGCCACAUCCUGCCUGACGAGGACCUGCAGUGGGUGUUUGUGAAUGCAGGCGGCUGGAUGGGCUCCAUGUGUCUGCUGCAUGCCUCCCUCACUGAGUAUGUGCUGCUCUUCGGGACAGCCAUCGACACUGGGGGACACUCAGGUCGCUACUGGGCAGAAAUCUAUGACACCAUCAUCUCAGGCACUUUCCGGCAGUGGAAAGAGGGAACCACCAGAAGCGAGAUCUAUUAUCCCGGGGACACCAUCGUGCACCAGGCAGGAGAGGCCACGUCAGUGCAGUGGAGUGCAGGCACCUGGAUGGUGGAGUACGGCCGAGGCUUUGUCCCAUCCACACUUGCCUUCGCGCUGGCAGACACCCUCUUCAGCACUCAGGACUUCCUCACCCUCUUCUAUACCCUGCGCACCUACACCAAGGGCCUCCUCCUGGAAGCCAAUGCCUUCUUCAGCACUUUGGGCUGCUGAGCCUGGCUGGACAGUGUGCCCCAACAGCCUUCCUCCCCCUUUCUCCUCCUCCCUCUCUGGGCUGCAGAUCCCACAACCUGGGGAUGAGGAUGCUGGUGCGUCCAGCACCAAGCAGUCCCUGGGAGGUUCCCCAUGUGCCAUCUGGGUUGGCAGGCAGCUGCGGCUGUGGUCAGCACAGAGCACAGUGUCCAGCUGGCAGCUCCCACCGUUGCUUCCAGGUGCUGGCAGCACACAGUGUCCCCAGGCACCGGGGGAGGAUGCCCAGGCAGUAUGGGGAUGAUCAGCCUCUGUGCUGAAGGUCUGUUCUGGCACCUAUCCCCGCUGUGUCACCUGCCCCUUGAGUGGAUGAGAUCCCUUCCUUGUGCCUCCCCCUUGUUUUCCCCCCAGGGGGGACAGCCACAAUCUGUCGCCUUAACCAAGCAUGGCCUCCAGGCUGUGCAUAUAUUGAGUGUCUGCGGGUGUCCAAAACUCUGAAUCAGCUCAGGAUGGGACUUUGCCCCUCAAAACACUUCCCCUGGCUGAGAGCCAGCAAGGUCCCCAGCCAAGUGAGGGUGUGCACUCUGCUCACGGCCUGAUGCCCGUGUGGGCUCAGCAGAGGGCUUCCAGCUCUGUUCUGUUCCCAAAAUACUCUGUGUCCCCAGGCCAGAAGCCUACAGUACAUCUCUCCUUAUCCCUCCAACUGGCAGCCCUGUGCAUGGGCUACAUUGUCUUUUGUCACCCCGGAAGAGAUGGCAGUAAUAAACAUCAUCAUCCCACCUGCUUGGGUGUCUGGUGUGUGCAGAGCCCCCAGCAUGAGAUAUGGGUCUGGGGGCUCCUUGGGGACAGCCGUGGGGGCACAACAGUGCAGAGGGAUAGGUAGGAGUGUGGGGAGAGAAGGGUGUGAGAAGAGCAUGGAAGGUGAUCCUGGGGUGCAUGGGCUAUGCACACAUGUGCAGGGCUGCAAGCAGUGCUCUGUGUGGAUGUGCAUUAGCUGUGCAUAGUUGUGUGUGUGAUUAAAAACGUGCAGGUGGAUAGAGGGCAGGUGUGUGCACAUGUAUGCAUAUGCAGAGCAAGCAUGCAUCUAUCUGGUCAGGAAAGGCUGGUGCCGGGGGGGAUCCUGGUGCACAGCACAUAGCACAUGUGCAUGGAUGUGUGUAGGCAGAGAAGCUGUGUGCGUGCGUUUGUGCACCUCUGUGCACGUGCCCCAUUCAGGUUCACAGGUGUCUGUACAUGCACACAUGUGCACAUGCCUGUGUUUAUGUGUGUGCUCCGCAGGCCUGUCGAGGAACAUGAGUGAUCCUGCUCUGGCCCACACAGGAAGGCGCUAACUCAGCAGCUCGUAUCAAUACCGCUCCACUUACAGCGAAGGCCACGUAAUGAAAAUCCGAUGGGCACGC